AUUUUUUCAGUUUCUGAAUCGCGGAAGUGCGGGUACUCUGUUGUGUUUUGUGCAGUAAGUAAACUGUUUCUGCUAACACAGUUACAGUAUUUUUAUUGUUCUUAAAUCGUAAGACGAAGCCUUUAAACCUCUGCAGCAAGUUGAAAAAUGGAGGACGACGCUCCUGUUAUUUAUGGUCUUGAAUUCCAGGCACGAGCACUUACUGCCCAGACAGCUGAGACUGAUGCCAUUCGUUUCCUUGUUGGUACACAGUCACUGAAAUUUGACAACCAGAUCCACAUCAUUGACUUUGAUGAUGAGAAUAACAUCAUUAAUAAGAAUGUCCUUCUGCACCAAGCUGGGGAGAUAUGGCACAUUGGCGCCAGUCCUGCAGAUAAGGCUGUGCUUACCACCUGCUAUAACAAAACCAGUGACAGCAGGGUGGUGUCCUGUGCGGCAGUAUGGCGGAUGCCCUCUGACUGGGAGACAGGAAGUCAUGAGUCACCUGAUGACUCCGCCCACAACCCCCAAACCCUGGAGCUGCUCUGUCACCUAGACGACAGCGCCCACUGCAACGCUGCCUGCGUGCUGUGGGAGCCCAUGGGGGAUGGCAAGAGUGUGAUUUCAUUGGCUGAUAACCACGCACUACUUUGGGACCUGCAGGAGAGCUCCACACAGGCCAAGGUUUCCAGCACUGCCACCCUGGAGGGCAAAGGUCAGCUGAAGUUCACCUCGGGCAAGUGGAGCCCCCACCACAACUGCAGCCAGCUUGCCACGGCGAAUGACACCGCCAUACGAGGCUGGGACCUCCGCACAAUGACUCAGAUCUACUGUAUAGAAAAUGCACAUGGCCAGCUGGUGCGCGACCUGGACUUCAACCCCAACCGCCAGUACUACCUGGCCAGCUGUGGAGACGACUGCAAGGUCAAGUUCUGGGACGUCCGCAAUGUCCAGGAGCCCGUCAAGACUCUGGAGGAGCACUCACACUGGGUGUGGAGUGUCCGCUACAACCACAGCCACGACCAGCUGGUGUUGACAGCCAGCAGUGACAGCCGCCUCAUCCUCUCCAAUAUGGUGUCCAUCUCCUCAGAGCCGUUCGGGCACUUGGUGGACGAUGAGGAGCUCAGCGAGGGGGAGGACAACCACCAGGAGGAAAAGGGUAAGGAGCCCCUAAAGGACAGCGUGGUGUCUACCUAUGAGGAACAUGAAGACAGUGUAUAUGCAGCGGAGUGGUCGUCGGCCGACCCCUGGCUCUUCGCCUCACUCAGCUACGAUGGGCGCCUUGUCAUCAACAGGGUCCCCCGGGCCCUCAAAUACCGCAUCCUGCUCUGAGAGGGUGCAGAGGGGCAGGUGAUCUAAAUGUGCGAGCGUGCGAGAGAGACAUACUAACACAUCUGUACACACUCUUGGCUACAAAAAGCAGCAAAUAGACAUUCCAUUACAACUUGAUGUGCACGACGCUGCAAAGAUAUUGUGUCUGUGUGAGAGAGAGAGAUAGAGAGAUGUAAAUAUACUGUAGCUCAGAUGUUUCACACCGUUGUAAACAAUACAACUGUCCUGGCUGAAACAAAAAGAAUCCUUGAUAAAUAUAUGACGGAGUUUGGUAGUAAACUCAUAAGAAAGGAACACAUACACACACA